UCUCAGGUUCAGGUAAAUGACUCAUCAUCACUCUUUCUUUUCCCUCAAUUUCCUCUUCAAAAAUAAACUUGCGUUUUCUUAAGAUCCCAAUUUUCUCUCUCCUCCAUUUCUAAUCAAACUCUUCUCUGAUUAUUUCGAUCACUGGAAGCUUGAUCACUUGUAAACUGCGUUAAUUGAUUUACCAUGAAUCCGAGGAGGGAUUAUAGAGGGUCAAGAACUUCUGCUUUUGAUGGCAUUGAGGAGGGAGGUAUCAGGGCCUCAUCCUCGUAUUCCUCUCAUGAAAUUGAUGAACAUGACAAUGAUACAGCACUUGAUGGGUUGCAAGAUAGAGUUAAUCUUCUGAAAAGAUUAAGUGGUGACAUAAAUGAAGAAGUUGAUGCUCAUAACCGGAUGUUGGACAGAAUGGGCAACGAAAUGGAUGCAUCUCGAGGAUUUUUGUCAGGAACUGUGGAUCGGUUUAAGCAGGCAUUUGAGACCAAAUCAAGCAGACGAAUGUUCACUCUUGUGGCCUCAUUUGUGGUUCUUUUCCUUAUUAUCUACUAUCUUACUAGAUAAUCCAAAUAGCUAAAAUUGAUACUCCGUACAACUCCAGGCUUUUUAUCUGAAGUGGGUCGCUGCCUCAAGUCUUUUCUUUCUCAGUUGCCGUGUUUUCUAAUUUCUAUAUGAAAUUGGUACAGCAGAUUGUAAAAAAAAUUGCAAAGCCAUAAGAAGGGUACUUGAAUGUAUGAAGUUGUUUGUAACUUGUAACUCUGCUUCGUUUGAGUGUGAUAUCAGAUAUUUUUAGUUGAAUGUAUGUUUCUGGCCUUUGUUCAGCUGUGAACAUUCUUCUCGUGUGGAAUUAACUGUACAUGCGUCUUUAA